GGCGGCGUGGCGUGCGCGUGCGACCUGCCGCACACGCUGCGGUGCGCGGGCGGCGCGGGCGCGCUGCGGGCCGUGGGCUCUGCGCUGCGCGGGCUGUCGCCGCCGCGCGCCGUGUCGCUGCUGGAGGUGUCUGCGCGCGGGCUGCCCGCGCUGGACGCGCCGCCGCUGUCGGGCGUGCUGCUGCACGGGCUGGUCGUGUCGUCGGGCGCGCUGCGGGGCGUGUCGGCGCGCGCCUUCGCCGGGCUGGCGGGCCCGCUGCAGGCGCUCGGCCUGCCCGACAACCGGCUCGACGCCGUGCCCGCCGCCGCGCUCGCCGCCCUGCCCGCGCUGCAGCGGCUCGACCUCUCGCGCAACCUGCUGCAGCGCAUCGACGACCGCGCGCUCCAGGAACUACCUGAGCUGACAUUCCUAGACGUGAGUGACAACCGGUUGACGGAGCUGUCUGCGGACGCGUUCAGCGGGCUGCCCGCGCUGCGCACGCUGCGGCUGCGCGGCAACCGGCUGCACGCGGUCAGCCACGUGCGCGGCCUGGCCGAGCUGCGCGAGCUCGACCUGUCGGCGAACGCGCUGGCGGGGCCACUGGGCCCGCGCACGCUGCCGCGCGGGCUCGCCAAGCUGCACGCGCUCGACCUCUCGCACAACCAGCUCACCAGCGUGCGGCGGGGCGCGCUCGCAGGGCUGGAGUCGCUGCGAACGCUGUCGCUGGAGCACAACCACAUCGACGUUCUGGAGGACGAGGCGCUGGGCGCGCCGCAGCUGCAGCAGCUGGUGCUGGCGCACAACCGCAUCGUGGCCGUGUCGGGCGCGUCACUUGCGCGGCUGGGCGCGCUCACGCACCUCGACCUGGCGCACAACUUCCUGCGCGCACUCGCCGCAGACCUGGUCGCGCCACUCUCCGCGCUCCGAGAGCUACGGCUCGACGACAACGACAUCUCGAUGGUGGCUGGCGCCGCUCUCGAGCGCGCCGCACCUCUCCUCAACCGCCUCACACUCACCGACAACCCACUGAACUGCGACUGCAGCCUGUCGGAGUUCGCGUCGUGGCUGCGCAACGCGUCCGAAUCUCGGCGGCUGUCGGCGGCUGACGUGGCCACCGCCAUCUGCGCCACGCCGCCCUCGCUGGAGAACGGCGCGCUAGCCGAGGUGGCGCCCGACGACCUGGUCUGCGGCGAGGAGCUGCCGCCGGCCGACGACGAGGUCGGCGACGAGAUCGCCGACGGAGACGGCGACGAGGCGGGCGCGGGGGCGCAGCUGCAGCUGCCCGACAGCGAGGCGACGGCGGCGCUGCGGGCGUUCCGCUACGACGCGGCCGCGGACGCGGUGUGGCUGCAGUGGUCUGUGCGCGGCGCGGGCGCCUACUCGUGCCACUCGCUGGUCGUGUACGAGGAGCGCGGCGCGCGCGAGGUGCUGCUCGAGAACGUGCGCCUCGACUGCAACUCGUCGCAGGUGGGCGACCCGGCGGCGCUGCCGCUGCGGCUGGCGGGGCUGGGCCUGCAGCGCGGCCGCAGCUACCGCUACUGCCUGCUGCUGCUGCGCGGCGGCGGCGCGCGCUCCGACGAGCUGCUGCUCGAGUGGGGCUGCAGCGACGCCAUCCCGCUGUCCGCCGACGGCGCGCCGGCGCGGCCGCUGCCGGAGCUCACCGCGCUGCACGCCGACGUCGCCUCCGACGGGGCCCUCACUGCCACCGCCACUCUUCUCGAGGUCCCUGUGGCUGCCCCCUGCACGUUGACCAUCGCCGUGUACCGCGGCAAGGCGCGCGAGCGCACCCAGCACGUCAACUGUUCCUACCCGGAGGCGUCGUUCCGAGGCCUGCAGCUGGACGGGACCGGCCAGCUCCGCCUGUGCGCCAGUGUCGACGCCCCGGCUCCCCAGCCCGAAGACGACACGCUGUGCGUCCCGGUGCGCCACCAGCAGGCCCAGUCGAAGCACGGCGAGCCGCCCCAGCCGGUCGGCGCCGGGGUGGUCGCGGCGUUGGCGGCCGCCAGUGCGACGGUCAUCCUGGUGGCGCUGCUGUACGUCGCCUCCCGCGUCGUCUUCGGCAGGACGCACAUGGCCGCCGCGCACCAGUACUUCCUGACGGGCCAGCAGGACGACGAGCGCCCGCCGCACUACGUCAAGCUGCAGGCCACCACCAAGCUGUGAGGCUUCUGCAGGAUGGACGAUCCACUUGUGGCGCUGCCCGAGAGUUGUUCUGCACAACUAGAAUAAAAUUUGCCAUAGGCCUUUGUCGAGAAUCUGGAUAGCGCCAAUCGCUUGUGUUCCGAAAUCUAGGUCUCACAAAUGGACCUUAUGGAUUUUCUUAGUGCUGGUUGAACUGGCAAUGGCUCGUCCUUGCUUCUGCGAGAUAAAUGAGUCACUGGUGGGAUUUCCCAAGCGUUCUCUGUGCAAUCAGAAUGAAAUACUCUCAACUUUCAUCGAGAAUCUACAUAGCGCCAAGACCUUAAGUUCCCAAUCCUACAUUAGACAAUGAGACCUCUUGGGCUCAGCUCUUUCCAAUUUUCUUCAUACUUAUAGCAUAUGUAUGUCACUCUCGAGACAUUAAUUUCGUAAAAUAGUACAAUACACUUCUCAAGAACACCAGAAACAAUAGACUAUGAAGACUUCCAAGCCCAUUUAAGUAUAACAAAUUUCAAAAAUAUGACAAAACCACUCAUAGCUGCACUAACCCUUUCAGACCCUCUCACUACAAUUGUGUACAUUAACGUUUGUUGUCUAUUAGCUACAAUAAAAAUAUUUUUCUCAAUAGGAACCUCAUAUACACAUUUGUGAAUGUUCAAUCUUUUCACCAUGCACAAGUCUUGCCACCUGUUGCAUGUAACUAUAAAUGUACCAACAAUUGAAUGUGGCAGUAUGCAGCAGCUUACAGCCGCCAGAAUACACGCAAGUGGUUGGUUAGUUCUAUUCCGCUGUGUAAUUCAAUAUUAUUAUUGUUAUUUUGUAUGGUAAUUAUUGAAUGAUCAGAUUAUUUAUUACAACAGUGAACAUUUCAAAAUUAAUUAUUUUAGUCCAUAAAAGAAGCCAAGGGCAGAAAGUAUGUUCUGAAUACGGAUAGAUAUUUGUGUAUAAAUCUUGCAUCUAAAGUCACCUAAGAGCAUUAGAGCACAAAGAAAAAUUUUCCUUCCUCCGGAAAAAAUUCGGGUCUGAAAGGGUCAAUGGCUUACUAAUCUUGUAGCUUUGAGAUUGCUGGUUUCACCAUUAGACACAACUUAUAAUUUUUUCCUCACUUAAAUAUUUAUUGUUACAGUCUCUGUUGUAAAUAGUCAUACUUGAUAAUGGUAGUUUCUAUUACAUUUAAUGAUCAUCUCCAAGCAUAAAAAUUAAAUGAAAUAAAACAUUAAUAAAUAACUAUUUUCAUAGAUUGCAUACAGUGAAAUUAAUGAUACUUUAAAAAUUCUUAAAAUUUUGCUUGAAUAAGCACAUAAUAUAGACCGACAAUAUUUAAAAUUUAAGAUUCUCAAAAUUGUACCUGAUUAAUCACAGGAUGUGAGAAAUUAAAAUUCUGUAACAGAAAAGGAACAGCACUAAAUUAUAUUUGUGACGACAUAUCAUGAUCACAAGCAUUUAGGUGAAUCGACUUUGCAGCACACAGACCCCCACUUUGUGGAUGAUGGAUAAGGGAGGGAGGAAAAUGGGAGAUAGAAGAAAAAGUGCAGAUGUUGUGUGGUAUUAAAAUUUAAAAUAAAUAUUGCCCAAAAGACGUAAGAAAAUUAAUUUAUGACUAAGGGACAAUACAGAUAAUGUGGUAAAUUUCAAGAUUAUUUAAAGCUUAAAAAUUUUCAAUUAUGAUCUGCAGUAACAGUUGUUUAUUAUUGUUUUAUUUCAUUUUAUUUUUAGAUCUGAAGAUGACCUUUAAAUGUGAUCAAAACUAUUUACCUAGUAUAGCUGUUUGCAACUGAGGGUGCUAUAAUAAAUAUUUAAAAAAAUUU